AUGUCAACUAAUAUAACCUGGCAUCCUAACUUGACUUAUGAAGAGCGGUCUGGCUUGAGAAAACAGAACGGAGCUACUGUGUGGCUGACUGGCCUUAGCGCAUCUGGUAAAAGCACUAUUGCGUGCGCACUCGAGCAACUUCUGCUAAGCGAAAAUGUGGCAGCAUACAGACUGGACGGUGACAACAUUAGGUUUGGACUAAACAAAGAUUUGGGCUUCUCCGAAAAAGAUAGAAACGAGAACAUUCGGCGCAUAUCAGAGGUUUCAAAGUUGUUCGCGGACUCUUGCACCAUCUCCAUAACCUCUUUCAUAUCCCCUUAUCGCGUUGACCGCGAUAGAGCAAGAGUAUUGCACAAGGAUAGCGGACUCAAGUUCGUGGAAGUUUUUGUCGAUGUUCCGUUGGAUGUUGCAGAGCAAAGAGACCCAAAAGGCCUAUAUAAGAAGGCAAGGGAGGGGAUCAUAAAAGACUUCACUGGCGUCUCAGCGCCCUACGAAGCUCCCGAUGCCCCAGAACUCCACCUAAGGACCGACAAGCAAACGGUUGAGGAGUGUGCUCAACAAAUUUAUCUAUAUCUGAAGAAGGAAUCCAUCAUUUGA